UGAGCAUCGGUGAUGAAAAGUAGAUUGGGCUUUUCAACAUAGAGAUGCGUAGGGCUAGAGCGACGCCAUAGAGAAUCUUGGUUAAUGCGCGGACGUAGAAAAGUGUAGACUCAUAUUCAUUGUCCAGCUCUCCGGUUGGACUCGGAAUUUUAAUUGGAAACUUUGCUUGCAUAAAAGCAUUUCCCGUAACCACCCGCAUGUGCUCCGAAAUUUGGGUUGAGUGUGGUCUUGGUGGAGAGGGUACUUUAUCCGUUGCUGUAUCUGACGUGCUUUGUAUGACGAUUUCUGUUCCACUAGAAAUCCUAAACAGCCGUCUACGGAAGAAUUGUAGAAGUGACGGUGGAGUUACUUCCUUUGCAGCGUUGUAAGGCACUGUUGUAGGACUGAUGAAGCCUUUCUAUUCUUUUUAAAAUGUAGUUUCAGGAGAGGCUGAUCACAGUAGGGGUGCAGGUGGAAGGUGAAACAUUCUUUACUGGAGCUGUUUUUGUGGUUUUGGCUGUUUUGGGGAAAUCGACCCUUCCCAACUGCUGUCCCACCAGCGGGGGUGGCGGCAUAGGAAAGUAAGUGGUAAAGUAGAGAAGAUACCGCCAUGGUUGAAAAUUCUCCAGCACCUUUGCCUGAAAGAGCUAUCUAUGGUUUUGUCCUUUACUUGGGCUCCCAGUUUGUCUUUAUUCUGUACCUUGUGUGGGCCUAUGUGCCUGAAUCCUGGCUGUUCUCAUUGGGGUUAACGUACUGGCCUCAAAAGUUCUGGGCUGUUGCUUUGCCUGUAUACCUUUUCGUUAGUUUGGUAAUAGGCUACAUACUACUCUUUGGUAUUAACAUGAUGAGCACUGCCCCCCUGAACUCCACACAUACCAUUACAGACCACUAUGCAAAGAAUCAAAAAUGGAAGAAACCCCAAGAAGAGGCCAUUCCUGCACUAAGAGAUAUUCCUAUCAGUGAAGUAAAUAAAAUGUUUUUUCUGACUGGCAGAGAGGUUUGUGGUAGAAAUUGAUGGGGGGGAAAUACCUUAUGUGCAUGUAUGUAUGUGGUUUUAAAACACACACCAAAAUAAAACCCCACCAUUGUAUAGAAAAUUAUGUAAAUGCUUGAGUAAAAAGUACUGCCAAUGAAGUGCUAAAAUACUUGUAUAUAAUCCCAUUGCAGUCAAGCAGGUGGCUCUAAAACAGGCCUGCUCAACUUAGGCCCCCCAGCUGUUUUUGAACUACAACUCCCAUAAUCCCCAGCCACAGUGGCCAAUAGCUAGGGAUUAUGGGAAUUGUAGGCCAACAUCUGCAGGAGGGCCGAAGUUGAGCAGCCCUGCUCUAAAAUGAAGCUGCAAUACUUAAUGUGUAUUUUCCAGGGACUGGGCAACCUCUUCCAGGCCAUCUCGUGCCUGCAAGCUAUAUACUACCUCUCUUUGACCAGUAAUGGUUCCCCACCUAACUACACUGCAGAUAUCCCUUGCACGUGCAGUGCAAUUAGGUGUAUCCUCUAUACCCCAGCAGAAGCUCUGUCUGAGCAGGUUCUCUCUUGCUAUAUCAUAUCUGGAGGCUUUAAAAUUAUUAUAUUUAUUUUAAAAGGAUUUAGCUCUGUGCCUCUGUUGGAGCACUGAACCAGGAAUCCAAAGUAAUCUUGUGUGAAUGUUUCAUUACUUGAAAAUGAGAUUUGUGGAUGUUGGUAGACCUUAAGGAUCAGAAGCCCUGUACUGAAUAAUAGAUUACAAUGUUGCUAACAGCUCCAAAAAUAUUUACCUUUAAACUAGAUCCUUUGACUUCUAAUCUAUUUUAUUUAUGGAUUUUAUUGUUUAAAGGGUUGAAAAGACAAACUCAACUCUAUUUGUUGCUGAAUUAGUUUUCAGAAACUUUCUCUUGCUGUUAACCACUUGUUCCACUAUACCUUGGUUUUUAUUACAUUAACAGUUUCCAAAAUGCUUAGUGUUGACUCUAUUCCCCAUUCCUCUUCUUUGCCAAAAUGGAUAUCCCAUUUCGUUUUAAAAAGCUCUGCCUUAUUAAAACAUCUACAAUUUC